AAGAAAGCGGGUCAUGUGUCCUUCCAAGGCUCCCGCAAAGUUCAACUUUAUGAGAUGCAAGUUGGGACUGCAACGUCGGUUCUAAAUCCUACGUCGGAAUAUUUGAAUAGUCAAGGAACAUGGGUCACGUAUAUUUUGGUGAUUCUGGUAGUGCACUUUAUUUUACUAUGCGUCCCACUCUUCACUACCGCUGUUGUUUGGACGUUGACCUGUACUUUUCACAAUGUUGUUAUGUAUCGUUUGUUACACUGGGAGAAAGGAAGUCCGUAUGAAACAUUAGAUCAAGGAGAAUCUCGUGUUCUCACUCAAUGGGAGCAGUUUGACGAUGGUGAACAAUUUUCACCGACAAAGAAAUUCCUCUUAGUUGUCCCGAUUGUUUUGUUCUUACUUGCAAGUUUCUACACAGAAUACGACCCUCUUCAUUGUUUUAUCAACGCAUCGUCAAUGAUUGUUCUAGCCGUACUUCCUAAGUUGCCUCAGUUUUAUAGGGUUCGUUUUUUUGGUAUCAAUCGUUGGUAGUCCCAUCUUUUCUUAUGCUCACAUCCUUAUAUUCAUAAAAACAAUAAUAGUAACAAUUAAAUUACAUUCGAUGUUUUGUUUGCUCCUCUGUAUUCGGUUUAUUGUAUUACAGUUGGAAGAGAGAAAAAAGGACAUUUCACCCCUUCCACUUCAAAAAGUCCACAGAUAUGAGAUAGUAAUUGUCGACUUCUCUCUUUUUGCUUUGUGAUAUUGUGUUCAACCCUUCGUACAUACACUUAUGUAAUAUCUUACCAAAAAAUGUUCUUAAGAUAUGUACCCUGGGUAUGUGUUUUUCCACUUUAAAAAAGUUUUUUUACUACCAUUCCUCAAGUUUCCAAUUAAUAUUUGUAUCUUUAUAUUAAGCUGUGGAUGUGUUUUUUCCUUUCUAUCUAUGUAUCGAAUUCACUUCUAAUUGGAAUAUAAUUAUUAUUAGUAGUAUAAUGGUUUCAUGGUAUGUAAUCAGUGACAGUUAACCUUAAGAAAGAGUCAAUAUGUAACUCUAUAACUUAGUUUUAUUCAUCGGUGAAAAGUAGUAUUUUAACUUCUAGAUGUUGCACAUUGUGUCUAUCCAUUUAGUUAUUGAUUAAUUAAUGUUAAGUACUCCCCAGUUCAAUGUAUUGAACUUUUCAGAUAGUUAAAGUAACCCAUAGUGUCAUUGAAUAGGAAAAAGAGAAUUCAGCGAAGAAAAUUUUCUUUUCGACGAAAUCAUUUACUUAAGCUGUACAUUCGUAUAUAUACUUAUAUGGAAAAUAUAUGUCUAUAGGAGGAUAGAAAAAAAAUUGCAUCACCAAAAUGGAUUUGAGAAUAAAUAACAAAUGAGGUUGCGUACUAAUCAAGGGGUAAGGACGAAAAUCAUUUAUGGGUCAGAUAAUAGUUCAAUUGACAAAUGAAGAAAAGCGACAACCACAAAGGUCAUAAUAAUGGACUGAAUAAUAAUCAAUAAAACAAGGUAAUAAUAAUAACUGAUUCGAGUUCAAAAUGCAAAACAGUAAUUUAAAAACUUCGAUAAUAGUUAAGUAAAGGUGCAGAAAAACAAAAAAAAAGUAACAUACCCAUUAAGGGAAUAAAGGCCAAGGAAAAAUGAGAGGUUGGACAAGUCGUUUCUGCACGCAGAGUUCGGGCUUUAGUUCGCGGAUCGCCAAUACCUCAGCAGUGCAUAAAAUAUUGACUCGACCCCCAGCCCUUUGAUCCAGUUCCUUUGACUCUGUAGAUUACUUUCAAAGAAGAGUCCUUUGGAGCGAUGUGUCCACAGUUAAUUAAAUGCUCUUGUUCACCGGCUAGAUUAGUUGUGCAAUUAUUGUUGGUACACA